AAAACCCCCAAAUUUUUUGUCCCGCCAAUUUUUUUUCGUCAAUGGCUAAAGAGAUAGAGAAUUUAUGGAGAGAAGUGAGAGAAUUGAGCUUAGGAACUAAAAUCGAUCGUUUUGAUUCUCAACCGUCUCCGGUGAAGUUUCUCCGAAACUACGUGUCUCAGAGCAAGCCUUGUGUAAUCUCCAAAGCUAUUACUCAUUGGCCGGCGUUAAAACUCUGGUCAGAUCCGGCUUACCUCACCGGAGCUUUGUCAGAUGACGUUGUCUCGCUACAUCUCACUCCUAACGGCUGCGCAGACGCCGUCACCGGAGAUAGUGAUCUUUGUUUCGCUUCGGCUCAUGUUGAGAAAGUUCUGUUCCCGGAGGCUCUUAAGGUUGUUCAAUCGUCGUGUAAAGGACUGAAGGUUGGGUAUUUGCAACAGCAAAACGAUUGUUUUAGAACGGAGUAUUCGACGGUUGCGUUAGACUGCGACGGUGAUAUUGAGUGGGCUACGGAGGCAUUUGGUUGUUCGCCGGAAGCUGUGAACCUUUGGAUUGGUACUGAUGACUCCGUGACUUCAUUUCAUAAAGAUCACUAUGAGAAUCUUUACGCUGUUGUUUCAGGGGAGAAACAUUUCCUUCUUCUUCCUCCGACUGAUGUUCACCGUCUCUAUAUCGAACAGUAUCCGGCAGCUAAUUACUCUUACCACCGAGAUACUGAUGCGUUCAAGCUUGAGGUUGAGGAGCCGGUUAGGCAUGUACCUUGGUCUAGUGUUGAUCCAUACCCUUCGCCAGAGAAGGAAGCAAGCGAGAGAUUGAAAUUUCCGUUGUUCUUUGAUGGCCCGAAGCCGUUUCAUUGUACUGUCAAGGCUGGCGAGGUUCUUUACCUGCCAAGCAUGUGGUUUCACCAUGUUAGUCAAACCCCAGGAGAUGGAGGUUAUACCAUUGCAGUGAACUAUUGGUAUGACAUGCAGUUUGACAUCAAGUAUGCUUAUUUUAACUUCUUGCAAUCUUUAUUAUACAAGUCAUCUUCACUCAAUCCAGUUCUUUCUUGGAGAGAAGACGAAGAUUCAGAAUCCAGUGAUGCAGAGAUUGCUCCCUGAUUUAAUGGUGGAACUCUGAAGCCAUCAUCUAUAUAAAAGCUCUUGUGGCUGUGUUUGGUUCAAUAUGUUCUUUAAUUAAAAUCUCCAGAGUAAUUCAGAUAAAAACUCUGGAACUGGGUCCAUGGUCAACUUCUUGUCAUGAAUCCCAUACAUAACCUGCCGUUAUUAACGCCAUCCAGAGGAUCGAACUCCUUGUUGCUUGACUUCCGACAUUCUUGGGUUACUGGAUUGUCUUUCUCCGUCUGGAACCGAAGAGCUGUACUCUUCUCUGGCUCAGAAAUCAACUGACUCGUGAUCGCUGGUGGGGCUUAUAGAGCUGCAAGUUCACAUUUUGAAAUCUGGGGUAAGACCAACCUUGCAGUUUCUCAACCGUCUUUUUGAUGUGUGUAUCAUGUUGGCGCCUGGACCUCGCCCGCCACAUAUGGAAUAAAUGCCCUACAGAGAUUUUCGUUGCUCUGCAAUUGUUAUCAUCAGCUGUAUAGCCUGUAUUGCAAUGGAUGGUUACCAAAAUGCCACUUCUCUCCUUGUUGCUAUGUUGAACAACAUAAUGUGAUGUGUUCUAAAAGCAUGUGCCUUGAUUUCAGAUUUAACAUCAGGGAAGCAAGUUCACUCCCUCUGCCACAAAUUUGUAUCUUUCUUCCACUUAUGUUAGUGAUGGGGCUAGAUUUUGGAAGCGAGUGCAUGUGAAUUCCAUAAAGCUCGGGUUUGAAUCAAAUGGUUUGAUACAAAGUGGGCUGAUUGAUAUGUACAGGAAGUAUAGGUUGGUGAUAAAUGCAGAGAAGGUGUUCAGAGCUAUGGAGGGUCAGACAGUUUUAACUGUUGGAGGCUAUGGUUUCGAGUAUUAUGCAGAAUGGUUUUCGCAUUGAGGACAUCAAACCUGAUAAUGAGACUCUGUUAAACAUUGAUGUUUAUAUGCAUAUAUAUACUGUUAGAAAAUAAAA